AUGCGCUUCCAACUUGUUCUGCUCACCUGCCUCGCCGCUGUCGGCCUCGGUGCUCCGAUGGAAGAGAAGAAGUUCGCCAUCCGCACCUGCCCCGAAGGCGGACCAGGCACGGCGUGCCCCGAGGGUUUCUUCCUGUGCCACAACACUUGCGUCGGCUGCGGUGGUACUUGCUCCGAUUAG